UUAAUCACCUCUGGGUUUUCAUUUUUGCUAAACAAACCAACAACAACUGAAAAUUUUGAAAAAAAAAAAAUGUUUUUUCUUAGUUUUUGUUAUAAUAUUUUGUAAAUAAGUGAUUUUUCUCCUUCACUGAUGUGCGCUAAUGAGGCUGCAGUGAUGGGCAUUGAUAGGCUGCACUGAUAGCACUGAAAGGCGGCACUGACUGGCACUGAUAGGUAGCACUGAUAGGUGGCACUGACUGGCAUUGAUAGG